UCAGUCAGUCACAUAUUCACAGUCGCGCAGCGAGCGCUAUAUUUACAAGACGUUGGGUGGCGUCGCGCCAGCCCGUCGCGUGUUAGUGUUGUGUCACAGCGGUGGGCCAGGUCGGUUUCGAGAUUUAUUCGUUCCGACAUAAUUAUGGCUCUCAACUCGGAUGGUGAACAGAAAUCGAACCUGGUCCUCCGCGUGGACCAGGAUUCUGACUCGGUUCUACAGUCAUUGUUCGACACAGUGCUUAAGCCGGACUCAAAACGGCCGCUACAGGUGCCUCUCCGUAUGCGACAGCUUCCAAAGUCGUUCUUUAACCCGCCGUCAACCGGUUCCAAGUCGCCAUCUGUGUCUCACUCGCGGGAAAACUCGGCUGAUUCUGCGUUCGGGUCGUCGUCAGCGACUGGCGCCGCACCAGUUUCUCACUCUCGGGCACAUUCAUCACCAGCUAGUUUACAACAAACUUAUGCAGCAGGCCAACAGACUCAGCAGCCCCCGCUACAUCACCAGCACACAAAACAAAGAUCCUAUGAUGUCGCAUCGCAUAUUCCAGAUGAACUUGGCCCUCUUCCACCUGGUUGGGAGCAAGCUCGAACUCCUGAAGGACAAGUUUAUUAUCUCAAUCAUUUAACAAAGACUACGACAUGGGAUGAUCCGAGGAAGACUUUGGCUGCACAGACUGUAACUAGCAGUGUCCAGCAUCAGAGUGCAGAAACACUACUCUCGCAGACCCCCACAGCACAAACGAUAGCACCAGUAGCAGCACCAGCAGCGAAGAGUACAAGUAGUAACACGGCGACAGAUCCACUAGGACCGUUACCAGAUGGCUGGGAACAGGCAUCGACUCCAGAGGGAGAAACGUAUUUCAUCAAUCAUGCCACUCGUACAACAUCCUGGUUUGAUCCUAGAAUACCACAACACUUGCAGCGCACUCCGGCGGCGAGUGCGGGCGCGGCGGGCGGAGGCUGGGCGAACGCUUCAAUACAAGCUUGCCAACAGAAACUACGUUUGCAGUCAUUGCAGCUUGAACGAGAACGUCUCAAGCAGCGCCAGCAGGAGAUUAGACUCCAGCAAGAGCUUAUGGCUCGACAAGUGACGUCAUCAUUAUCAAGCAGUAUUGGAGCUGCGAACACAGAGUUGUCGUUGGAUCCGUUCCUCUCAGGACUGACAGACCACCAGCGGCAAGAGUCAGCCGAUAGCGGGCUGGGAAUGGGAGUCCCGCAGUCGUAUUCGAUGCCACACACGCCCGAGGGCUUCUUAGCCAGUAUGGACGAUCGUAUGGACUGCAGUAGUGAGGCAGGCGCCAAUAUGGACUCUUCAGACAUGCCACUUGGAGACACAGAAGAUUUGGUACCUUCUCUACAGUUGAGUGAGCUGACCAAUGACAUGCUGUUGGACGACGUGCAGUCAUUGAUAAACCCUACUCCAAAUAAACCUGGCAACAUGCUGACCUGGCUUUAAGCGCUAUCGCAGCGUAGUCCGCCGCCAGCGCAAUUCGCGCGAUGCCUGCGAUUGCGCGAUUAUUCACCGGGUGCACGCUCGAUGCUUACAAACUUUCAUAUUAGGUACUAUGUUUAUUUAGCGUACUUACCAUGGCAUCAAAUAUAUGCAGUGUCGGUGACAAUACGCUAACGGUGGUGUAUAUUUCAAUACGAUAUACAAUAACAAGAGUAAUGUGUGGUUGCCGCUGAUUUUGUUUGAUGUGUCGGUGUGGUGUCAAUGUCACCAUAUCGAUUUAAAAUAUAAUUACAACAUCGCUAAUUACUCAGAAUUAGUUUUGUCGUCCCUGCAUUUAUUCGAAUGGGACAGAAAUACUAAAUUCUGUGUAGUAAGCGUAUUUUAUUAUUGAAUUGUCAUAUGUGUAUUAGGAUGUUUGUGUCUGAACGAGAUAAUGAUUGUACUAAUCAAAAUUUCACUAAGUGUUUUACAUUGGUGUUAUUUGUAUUUUUGUUUUAAUGUGAAGGACAAUAAUAGUUGCCUGUAGGCCAUAAACAGCGAGCGGUUUAUGUAGAUGCCACGUAACGUUAUGUUAUUGGCCAUGACUGUCAUGAAUGGCUAGUCAUAAUUAGAUAGAUACAAAUAGGGCAUAUUGCUCUGAACCCGAGUCUUCUCGGUCGCUGCAAACCUUCUUUCAUAGCCGAAAGGAGUGAUGUUGCAACGCAAUUGAACAUAGGCUAGGAUUCCCAUAUUCUUCAUGUUUAAGAUUGUCGGAAAUCCUACUCUUCUAAAAGUUAUUGUAAAAAUUAGACGUACUGCCUGAUUUGAUACAAAGUCGUGUGUCUACUAAAUUACGAUACGAUUGUGAUAACAUCUAUAACUUAACAGUGCCUUAUCGUGCCUUAAAGAAAGUUAUUUAUUGUGUUUUGUAAUUUAGAUGUUACAAUGUUUCUACAUUUUUCUAUUCAGAAUUUUGAUGUAUUAUUCAUUUGAGAUAAUUAUACUACUUAAUAUAUAUACUUUUAGUAACGUGUUUUAUCGACUUACACCGUCCUUUUGGUAUUUGUUUCGAGAUUAUUGAUAGUUGUUAAGUUUUAUCCUUAAUCGUGAACUAGACAAUAAUAAUUAUGUUGGCAUCUAUUAUAAUUUACUUAUGUAUAAUAAAAUAGUUCGAAGAGUGUGGUGAUAUAAUUGCUGGAAAUAUCCAGCUGCAUUCAUAUGUAGCUGGUCGGUUUUGUACGUGCAGACGAUAACAAGAACCAGAUCGUCAGUAUAUUAAUACGAGUCAAGAGGAAUGGUGAGAUAUUUUUUGACACGUGGCAAUUUAAUCUCUUUUAUAUAUUGUUAGUGAUUUAAGAGAAAAAAAAAACUUUUUAGACGUUUUUUUUUUCAUAAUCAUUCGGAGCAUAAAAACGUUAUCUCUUUAUGAUUAGUGUGCAAUAUAAACGAUGUCAAACCAUUUGGUGCCAACUGAGAUAAUUUGUAAACAUAUCUUCACUGUCAUAUAAGUAUUAUUUCGUUAACUUUAUCUUAUCGAUCUGUGAAAAUCUAUCAUUCAUAUUUUGUCAGUAUGUCGAAACCUUCUCAAAAUUGUGUUUUAGCCCACCUAGUCUUUAGAUGUUUUUAUUUACUUAUGUGAGUGUGAUGAAUUCUACAAUCUUUAUUGACUUAUCAUAAUGAAAUUAGGACUAUUUUAAAUGCUACAUUGAAAACUUUGCCAUAUUAGGAAAAUACUAUUAUUCUUAUAAGACUUUAAUGUAAUUUUCAAUUAUAUAAAAUAAGAGAUAUAAGCAUCUGUAUAACUAUUGUAAUUAGAGGUAAAGGUGCUGGGUUUUGAUACAUUUAAUUUUGUAUUCUGUAGGUCCAUUCGUUAUACUUUAUUUGUAUUCGUGUAAUAGUUCUUAUGCUCCCUAAGUUACGAUGCUUUACAUAUUGUUCGGGUAAUUAUUCUCAAACGUUUUAUAUUUACGAAGCCUCUGAGCGGAUUUAAAUAAUGCACUGUAGUAGGAUAUUAAAUAUGCUGUUUGUGACUGCGAUUGAAUUAUAUAGUACAGGCCCGCAUUAUACUUAUUUACAUAAUAUGUUGCUGUAAUAUAUUAUGAAACAUUCCAUUUUGCUAACAGUUCGCUGUGCUCGACCGCCUCUCGGUCGGACUGUGACGUGGCUUGUCGCAGAGUAAUAUUCUGAACAAUAUAUCAAGUGUAAAAUAUAUAGUUUAUUUCUAAGUAUAGCCUUUAUUAUUACAAACAUAUCUUUUCAGUCUGAUAGCAGAAGCAAGUUUUCUCUGUAGUGUAUGUAACUUUACUUAUAUUGAUGUUAUAACAAAAGAAAUAGAUGUGUAUCAAAAGCAAAUAUUUUACAAUUUCCUCAUUGUAAAUAAUUCGAUAUUCUUAUAUGAAUAAUAUCAAUUAAAUAAAUC